CAUGGCAAUGUAAUAUGUGUCCCAUCAGAAGUGCAGGAAACUGUCAAUGCCUUGCCCAGACUUAGAAGUGAAUCUCAAGUCUUGAGAGUGAAGCUAAAGAGACGUUUGUGUUAUAAAGGUCAUCAGCUAUUCCAAACUGUAACCUGGACUAAACUAGUGAGGGCUUUGCUUAAGCUUCAAGAGGUCCAUCCACAGUACAACGACAUAACCAUCAGAGAUGAGGCUGAAUUAUGCGAUCCAACUCUAGAUGAGGACGAAGAGACUGAAAACAUAGAUGACAGAUUUUAAUGCUGAAGAUAUGAUGGAAAUCGACAGCUUUGAGAACGUUGCACUUUGCGAGGCAGAACCUGAAAACAAUGAACUGAUUGAUUCAAUUUAAUUAAGUCAGCAGUCAAACAGCAAUCAACAGGAGGGUGAUGAACCUAAUGGCGGCAUUGCUCUCGAGUCAUGUCUGCAGCCAACUGACAUUUCAGAGGAAAUUUUGAGCUUUAGUGAAGGGAUAUAUUCGGUUGCGCCCGCUGAAGGAAACAAACCAGUAAGCUUUUUCAAAACUCCUAACCUUGAGGCGAUGGCUUUCCCCGUUCAGUUUCCGACAAGCAAAAACACAAUCGAUGAAGAGCGUCCAAAGAAAUUAACUCCCUGCAGUUAUUUCAAAAGUAGACUGUGCUGCAUCGACGACCGUUUUGCAAGAGAUACAAACUAUUUGUUCUUUGCGCAGUUUGUACAAGAAAUAUAUCAGGCCACUUCCAGCAUGUCAAUACAAUUGCGCAAAGGAAAACCGUAUACCCGCGACGGUCGCAAAAUAAACAAUGCAAUGUUGCAAGACAAACACGAGGUUGAAAAACUGGUACGUAAGAAAGACGCAAUUCGAUUCAUGAAAGUUUUGCGAGGUAGCCCCGCCUACUGGCAACAAACUACCAAAGACUUGUUUGCGAUGAUAAGGCAAUGUGGAACGCCGACUUUCUUUUGUACAUUUUCUGCAGCCGAAAUGCGCUGGAAAGAAAUAAUUACCGCUAUUAAAACUCAACAAGGCGAACAAGUGAAUUUCGAUGAGCUCGACUGGUCGUCCAAAUGCGAUAAUUUGCGAAGUAAUCCUGUGACAACGAUGCACAUGUUUGACAAACGCGUUGAAGCGCUGUUCAGAGAUUUGAUCAUGUCACCUGCACAACCCAUUGGCAAAGUCGUUGAUUACUUUUACCGUUGAGAAUUUCAGCACAGAGGUUCCCCUCACAUACAUUGUCUCAUUUGGAUAGAAGGAGCGCCAGUGUUUGAGGAAGACUCGGAUAAGACGGUUUGCGAUUUCAUUUCCAAAUACAUCACCGCCGAGAUGCCUGAUCCAAACACGCAACCUGAACUUCACAAAAAAGUUAGCGGGGUUCAAAUGCACAGCAAGAAACACUCAAACACGUGUAUUAAAUAUCUCGGUGCCAACUGCCGUUUUGGAUUUCCGAAAUUACCUUCCCCCGAGACGACGAUAGUAAGAUCUGAAGAAUGUGACGGUGAAGAUGAAAGAACGUCGGUGGCGAUAAGAAAGCUCACAGCACUAAACCGGUUGCUUAACAAUCCCGAGAGCGAAUCUGAGUUUAGAGCAGAUAUUGUCCUUGUGCGAUCUUACAGUUGACCAAUACCAGGAUUGUCUCCGUGUUAAUGCAAAAAAAAGUGAGGUGGUACUAAAGCGUGAUCCCAAAGAAGCUUACGUAAACGGCUAUAAUCCAACACUGCUCUUAGCGUGGGACGCAAACAUGGAUAUACAGUAUAUUCUAAACCCGUACUCUUGCAUUGCCUAUAUCUGCAGCUACAUCAGCAGGGCCGAGCACGGUUUAAGCGAAUACCUUAAGACAAUGAUUGAGAACUCAAAUCAUGAAAAUCUCAAUGAAAGUGACGAGAUGAAACAAGUGAUGCAGGCGUACUCCAAAAAAAGAGAGGUCAGUGCUCAAGAGUGCGUCGCUCGUGCAUGUAGUCUUAACAUGAAACGGUGUUCCCGCAGCGUGAUAUUUGUACAGACUGAUGACAACCCGCUGAAAAUAAGUUAUCCCAUGUCGCACCUGGAGAACAAAACACCAGACUCGGUUAAUGUGUGGAUGACCGGCUUACCUGACAAGUACAAAUCGAGACCAGAAUCGCCAGAGUUUGAGUCAAUGUGUUUGGCUGAUUUCGCUGCCACUUGUAGAAUUGUCUAUGGCAAACAGGCCCAAGGUGCAAAAGCUAUUCCCCUGCUCAAUGAAAUGGGAUUCGUUCAGAAGAGAACAAAGGAUAAGCCCGCUGUCAUCAAGUAUUACCAUGUCUCGCUGGAAAAGAAACCUGAGCAAUUUCACGGCACAUUGCUAAAGCUUUACCUGCCUUAUCGCUCAGAGACACAGCUCAAGUCCAUAAACUUCCCCACUUACAAGUCCUUCCAUGACCAUGCAGGCGUUCAGCUACCUGGUUCAGAGUACGCCGAGCUAGUGUCUGACAUUGUGAAACGAAACCGAGAGAAAUGUGAGAAACACAGGGAGGACAUCGAUAGUGCCAUCGCAGAAUACAAACAGAAUGGUUGCAUAAGAAACGAAUGGUGUAAUCUGGCUCCUGAAUGCGAACUGCAAAGGUUAGAGUGCAUUGAAGAACUUCACGCGAGACCAGCCGAUGAGGAUAACGUCCAAGAGAAUGUGCCAGACUAUAACCUUAGGUCAGAAAAUAGACCAGAAGCUGCCAUCAUGAGUGAAGCCCCUGAGAUGGAUCCGACAGUGGUGAAACAAAUGUAUCGAAGCUUAAACCAAAAGCAGGCGUCUGUUUUCUAUGCCAUCAGAGACUGGUGCAUAAAGCGUGUCUGUGGUUCAAAUGAAGAACGGUUCUUCUAUUAUAUCAAUGGCGGUGCUGGAACAGUCCCACCUCAUCAAAUGCAUCCACGCAGAAGGAUCCAAAAUAUUGUCUCGACUUCCCUGUAACGCAGAAGGAGCCGACAUUUCCAAACCUUCCGUACUCCUCGCGGCUUUCACUGGUACUGCAGCGUUCAACAUAUCGGGCGUGACAUUGCAUAGUCUCUUCAAGCUACCGAGAAAUUUAAAGCCUCCUUUCCAAGGCCUUGGCAAUAAACUAGACGAAGUCAGGGCAGAUCUUUCAAAUGCUGAGAUACUAGUCAUUGAUAAAGUAUCUAUGGUCUCAAAGUAUCUGUUUGCCUACGUAGAUAUACGAUUGAAACAAAUUAAGGGAAAUCAAAGACCUUUUGGUGGAAUGUCAGUUCUCACUGUCGGAGAUUUUUAUCAACUUCCCCCGGUCAGACAGUCGAAACCGCUGUGCGUGUACGAUCCCACUCGAAUCGACCUCUGGCGUGACCAAUUUCAGAUAAUCACAUUGACGGAGAUCCUGCGCCAGAAAGACGAUGUCGCUUUUGCCGAGACGCUAAACCGCAUCCGCGUCAAAGAGAAAGAUGAUGUAUUGUCAGGACAGGACAAAGCUUUGCUCUCACAGGCUGUCACGGCUCCAGCAUUCUGUCCAAAAGACAUACUGCAUAUUUUUGCCACAAACAAACAGGUUGAUGCCCAUAAUUCAACAACACUAGCGCUGUUUCACUCGGACAUCAUAAAGAUAGAUGCCCACGACUAUAAGAAAGAUCCCAAAACUGGAAGAAUGGCAAAACAAGCUACACCUUUUCACGGGAACAACCAAGAGCUCGCUGACUCAUUGAAACUUGCCAUUGGUGCACGCGUCAUGCUUACCAGAAACGUCAAUGUUCAGUCUGGUCUGUGCAACGGAACUUUUGCGUGUAUUGCGGAAAUAGUGAUCAGUGAUGACGGUCCACAUGUCAGUAAACUCGGUCUAGAACUGGAUGUGUCGAGAAAUCCCAACAAUGUAAGUGCAGCUGACAAUAUUGUGUACAUUGAGAGAGAAGAAGAGAAUCUGAAGCAAAGGGGAGUGGUUCGCAGACAGUUUCCUCUAAAACUUGCGUUUGCCUGUACAAUACACAAGGUUCAAGGUAUGACAAAAUCCUCAGCAGCAGUAUCGCUAAAACACAUCUUUGAACCCGGCAUGGCCUAUGUGGCUCUCAGCAGAGUAACCUCUCUCAGUGGACUACAUAUUCUCGAUUUGGAUGAGAAAAAAAAUAUGUGCCAAUCCAGAAGUUCACACAGGUCUUGCGACCAUGACAGAAGCUUCACUUCAGCACAUUAUGCCUCUAUUUCAUAUCUCGGCGACAUUAAACCGACAGGAAGUUCUCACCGUCAUCCAUCAUAACACCGAAGGACUACCGGCUCACGUCGCUGACAUCAAAAGUCAUCAUGAACUUUGUCUCGCAGACGUCCUCUGUCUAACAGAAACUCACCUGCAAGGAUCUUUUGUUUCCGAAAGUAUCCACUUGGAAGGUUACAAAUUGUUUCACCGUAAUAGGAAUGUCUUGUACACAAACUGCCCUCACAUUUCAAACAAAAAUGGUGGCGGAGUUGCUAUUUAUGUGAGAAACCACAUCCGAGUCAGUGAAAAACGCUACAUACAGAACGCUACAGAUAUCGAGUUUACGUCAUUAAACUAGAAGCCCCGUUCAUUGCGCUGAUUGCUGCCGUCUACAGGCCUCCGAGCUACAGUGUGCACUUAUUUCUAAAAAACUUGCAAAGCCUUUUAGAUUCACUCGAAGUCAUGGAUCAUCACCCAAUCAUAGUGUGCGGAGACUUCAAUGAAAAUCUGUUGUCCGGUGCAAACAAGCCGAUUUAUGAACUGUUUCGUACUAAAGGUUACGCGCAACUUAUCACCGCUGCUACCAUGGAUAAAAAUACACUGUUGGACAGCAUUUACAUCUCCCGACCACAGCGAUGUCUCCAUUCUGGUGUCCUACAAUCGUAUUACAGCUACCACAAUCCUGUUUACUGUACACUAACAUCAGAAAAUGUAUAAAUAUCAAUUAAGUGUCAAACAACAAAGCAUUGUGAAAUGCAUUGAUCGUUGCAAAUUGAUUUCAUGCGAUAAAACAGAUUAAAGUUAGCAGUUAUUCAUUUUUUCUCAAAAUAUCACUCAAACAAAAAUAUCACUCAAACAAAAAUAUGACUCAAACCAAAUAUCACUCGAAAAAUACUGAAAUAAGUUAAUGGGUGGGAUUGUCCUGUCAGCCAAGCUGCAACAUCUGCUUGGCUGAGGGAGGGAGGGAUGGAGGGACAAUCUCACCUAAAACAGUCCAGAAAAAAUUCAAACAAAUGUAAAAAUGGUUUAAAAUAAAUAUUAUAUUGUUCUGGGCGGCAAAGUUAAAAUGAUCCACACAUAGCAAACUAAAGGAAGUUGAGCUUUUAAUAUGUUCCCUUUUAAUAUCAGCCUUGAUAUCACAUAAAAUAGAAUUUUACACGUCCCAGAUUCUUACAGGGCUUCAGGAAACGCAGCUCCUGCAGCACUGCUACUUCACUGUAUUUAAAACAUUAUUUUGUCUUUGAGUUUGUCGUUAUGAGUGGCUCCCAGCUGUCCGGAGGGAGGCCCUGGAGCUCAAAAAUAUCACCAGUGGACCAGGCACCCCCCCCACACACACAAACCGUGUGCUUCGCAACAAGCCGGACAGACAACAAGCCUGACAGACAGAGAGGCUAUGGGAGGGGUUGAAGAUGGACCUGGAAUGGAUGGACCUAGUGACACUGGCGAGGCCGAGUGCAGAAGCGACAUUCAAUCAUUUUGAGAUGGACCCGAGCAUUUUGGUCUGCAUGGAGAGUUCAACUGAAGCGAAUCAGUAGCAGCUCUACUCUGCGACUCAUAUCUCAGUCUACUUUGAAAGAGUCUACUUCUUCUGCAAAUGGAGAGUUCAACACAACAAAGACACGACUGUUGCUGUCAGUCAUCCAGCUGGAGACAGGACUCACUUCCAAAGCAAAGAAAGGAUUUUCUGCAGAACUCCCGAUGCAAACCCCAAAGACAGCUAACCCCUUCAGGACCAAGAACAGGUUAACUCCAGGCAGUCACUGCCCUUUGUCACCUGGCUACUCACUGGCGAGUCACUCAUGAACCAGAGACUCCCAAAACCCUCCCACUAACCACAUACACACACACGUGUCGCAUGCUCAGCCGUCCUGGUAGGGGAUCCUCUCUUUGACUUGGCCUACCUAAAGGUUUCUCCUUUUUCCCCUAAUAAAGGGUUUUAAAGAGUUUUUCCUUUAAUGCUUGGAGAGUCUAAGGCUGAUGAUGCAAGAAUAGUCUGAUGGGACCCAAAGUUGAGCUUUGUUUUCAUGUUAGUUUUAUGCUUUGAUAUUUUCAUGAACCUAUAAGAUUGUAAUAAAAUGUAAAUGAAGUGAC